AUGGGUUUCCUGAGUCUUCCACCGGAGAUCAUCGAUGUCAUACUCGAUCUUAGCCUUCCGGGUGGAAUCGAAGGGCUCAGCCUGGUCUGCAAGGCAAUAUACGGACGCGCACAGUCGCAGGUUGAUCGACACAAUGCCCUCAAGCGACAAUGGGGGCGCACCAGCAAUUACAGAACUGGGCGUCUGGAUGAUACGCUAGGUUUGCUGAACGCGAUUGCGCUCAAUCCGCUGGUGGCUGAAUAUAUCGAGGUACUGGAUCUGUGGGAUGAGAGGGGCCUCGACGGAGAAGAAGCCGAGCUGUUGGAUUUUCGAGGGGACGAGGACGCCAUGGAAAGAGUGAAGGAAUUUGUCACCUCUUUGCCUUUCCUAAAGGAAGCCAAUAUCGAUACCGAGGAGUGGUGGAAUCGAAUGAUGCAAGAGGAAACAUCACGUACUGACGAGGACAACACUGAAGUCUCAUGCACGACUAUUACCCUUCUGGGCGUGCUGCCCAACCUGAAGAGCAUCCGUCUUGACCCUGGAUGGCAGAAUUUCUCCCCCGACGCCGAACAGUAUGCUCUGCCACUAUCUGGGCUCGCCUCCAUCGUCAGUAGGGCUUCACAAGCCGAAGGUAGUCGCCAGCGACCCCUAAGUAAAGUCGAAACAAUCCUACCUUUCAUGAAUACAGGCUAUGAAGAGAAGGCGGCCCUGCAAAGCAUACAACCGUUCCUCGAAUUGGAAUCCAUUUCGGAACUUUACCUUGUCAGUGCUGUGGCGGUCGAUGACGGGUAUACCGGUUAUCCAUUCGUAUGGAACACGCCUACUCUUGCGCACCAAUUGACUCGUAUCGAGCUGGCGUCCUGCUGUAUAGAUGCCGAAGGCAUCAGUGAGCUACUCCGCCACACACCGUCUCUUACAGUCUUCAACUACUCGCAUGAAACGAAAUGGCACGGCUGCGAGCACGAUUGGAACGCGGGAGCCUUCGUCGAAGCAGUCGCCCGACAUUGCGGCAACACGAUCACAUCACUGGGCAUUACCAUUGACGAGCUCUACGGUGACAUUGUCAAUGGCGUCUCCUCCCUCCUUUCAUUCCACAACCUCCAAUAUCUGGAAGUAGACGUACACAUCUUUCGUGGGCCGCCGCUUGAAUCGGGUCAACAGCAAGGACACAAUGCCAUGGUACCUGAAGGUGAUACGCCCUGGAACGAAGACGAUAUCCCGUGCAUAGGUAGUAUGAUGCCGGACAAUAUCGUCGAGGCGCAAAUCAACACUGAUUUUCCUGAACCGGACGAAAAAGCGCUGAACAGCUUGCUAAAGAACCUGAGAUCCCAGCGCAAGGAGAGACUUCAUAAGCUGGAAAGAUGUAUCAUUCGGCAGUACACUGCGGAGAGUGCCCGGGUGUUCGCUGAGAGGGCAGGCGCUACACUGGAGACAUUCGAUUUUGAGGUUGACGAUCCGCGAGCGCGGACCAUGAUGCCGUCAUGGAAAAGAGAGUUUGACGAACGUGUCAGCAAACUCCGGCCGUGA